CGAACUGUCACUCGUGACAGUCAAUAAAUUCUGAAUGAAAAUGUCAAACCGCCUCGUCCCAUGCCCACCGAUGCUUAUUUGAGGGACUUCGGAUGCGGUCUUGGGGCCGCCUUCGUCACCACCUCCAUCACCUUCCCCAUCAACAAACUCAUCUACCGGCAGGUCCUCGGAGACGGUCGUCUCAAAAACGCUUUCGAAUCCAUCCGCAAAGAGGGCCCGUUCUAUCUGUACCGCGGCUGUCUGCCGCCUCUCCUUCAGAAGACUGUUUCCAUCACCACCAUGUUCGGCGUGAACAAUUCGGCGAUGAUAGCGCUGAAGCGGUACAACAUGAAUGAGUACUUGGAAAAGAUAAGCGCGAGCGCAGCAUCUGGUACCCUGGAGGCGGGGUUCAUGCCGUUCGAGAGGGUGCAGGUUCUGCUCGUGCACGCCAAAUACAACAAGAGGUUCAGGAAUAUGUUCCACGCGUUCAAGCAGUUGAGAGCGCAAUACGGUCUGAAGGAGUACUACAGAGGCUUCACGAUAAUCUGGAUGCGUAACAUAUGUUCGAAUUCCUGUUUCUUCAUAACCAAAUCGGAACUCCAGAAGCUUCAGAUCAUGAAAGACAAGAGGGUGAAGGACAGCGUGAAAAACUUCUGCUCGGGCGGCCUGCUCGGCCUCAUCAUGUCCACCCUCUUCUACCCCAUGAAAGUAAUGAAAAUAUUCGCGCACGAAAAGAUCGGUGGGCCCCACUACAGCGUGUUCAAGACGGCGGCGGCGGUGUACAAGCAAAACGGGGGCGGCCUCAAGAACUUUUAUCCGGGGGUAGCGAUGAACGGCGUUAGAUCGUUGCUCAGCUGGGGCAUCACCAACAUGGUGUUCGAGUUUUUGAAGAAUGUCGCUUGAGGUUUGUUUCAAGGUUAUGCGCCAAACGGUUUGUGAUGUUUUUCCUUUUUUGCCACCAAGUUUUUAUACUUAUAUUACCCAUUUUGCAAUAAAAGUAAUUUUCAAAGAGUC